AUGAGCGUAAGAGUGAGUCAGGAAAAGGGAUCCCUUCCGCGGAGGAAUUGCCUUAACAUAUUCUUUCCACAACAAGUGGAGUCGACUAAGGCCCAUUUAAAGCACUACCUUUAUGGUGUCCGCACCGACGACACAUGCGUAGUGAUCCACAUUACACACAAGCAGAAUGGCAACUUUGCGAAGGGCCACCGGGAAGAGGUCCAAAUACUGGGCGAGCUAAUCUUCGCGCAGGACGCGAAAGACGUACACAGAAGGAGUAGUUUAAAAGGGCAAGAAGAAAUCCCGUGUAACUAUCUCUACGUGGCUCAUUAUAGAGGGAGACCCGUGCUCAUAAGUGGACAAACAAAAGAGAGAAAAGAUCAGAACGCCUUAUUCAUACUAUAUAAUUUGAGCAAAUACAUUUAUAUCAUUUCGGAUGACCAUGUGAGUAAUCUCGUUUGGGAGGCACUUAGAAGAGACGGCAUGUCGGCAAGGAAGGGAAGUGGGGAAAAUGGGACAGAAGAGUGCCCCCUGGGGGAAGAGAAACAAAUGGGGGGUGUCAAAAUCAGGGGGGACAAAAUCAGCUUUGAUGAUAUCUGCAGGGGUAGCCACAACGAAAGGGAAUCCCAGGAAGAGUCCCCUUCUGAUAGGAGCCACCAAAACCGGGGUGUCGACAAGGACGGACAGGCUGAGGACACAAAUCGAGUGGACCAUCUGAACAGGCCAAAUUGUAGCAGUGGGGGGGUAGGCGGCGCGACAGACGAGCAGCCACUCAACAUGCACGAAAUAAUCAUCCUAUUGAACAAAAAAGACGCGUACGCAGAGAGGAUAGAAAAGGGUGGAGGAGAAGAGAAUCCUCCCGGCAGUGACGAAGACGACACCACCAACCGUAACGAGCGAAACGUGAGCUCUAUACUUUUGGCCCUCUUAUUCUUCACCUACCUCGUCUCAUCAGUGAGCAAAUCAUUUUAUUACCUCCUGUGUAUAGUAGGCAAAAUAAACGCGAGACUUUUUUCGAGAAAUAUAAAAAACACCCUCACUUUCUUCAAAGAAAGGUUGCACAUGCACUCAGAAUGGCAUCCCCUGUUGACUAGUUUAAUGAGAAGCAGACAGAGCCCAUCCGAUUAUGCAAAAUGCAGAGAGCUUCUCCUCAUUCGGGUGUGUAAUUUCGUCAUAGAUCUUAUGUUGGGCUUCUUCCUCUUUAUCGUACUCUCUCACGAAAUAAUCGACCUGCGCUUCGCCUUCAAGAAAGCAGGCGUCUUGUAUGACUCCGGAACGUUGACGGCCAUACUGGGAACGCUCCUGCAGAACCCUCUGGGGUUGAAGCUUAACAACAACUUCACCUCCUUCAUUGGAAGUAUAAUCGUCUCCAUCCUGGACAAGUGGGAUUAUUUCAAAAAUGUGUUUCCAUUAAAGAGCUCCUCGGCUGUACAUCUCCUAAAGCUAUCAUCCCUCUGCGGGGCUUCCUUUUUUCUCUCUUUCUUUAUGGACUACCUGAAGCUGAUCAUUGCGCACGUUACUCUAAUUUUCGCCUUCCUGACGAAGAUUCUCUCCAUUUUUCACAGCAACAUGUAUUCUUUGUACCUCCUGUUUAAUGGGAAAAAAUGGAACAUUUUGAAACUGCGGGUUGAUACAAAUUACUACACCAAUGAGGAGGUCAUUCUGGGCACUGUCCUCUUCACCAUCCUGAUUUUCCUCUACCCAAGCGUUUUUGUGCUCUUUUUAGUUUUCGGGAUUAUUUACCUCGUCAUCAGCAGAAUCAUAUAUUGCCUCUCCCUGUUGAAGGAAAUCAUUCUGUACGCCCCCUUUUAUAUCCUCCUUUUGAGUGACUCCCAGAAUGGCUACAUCAGCAAGGGGAUAAAGUUCACCGUGGACAAGCCAAUGCAUAACGUGGAAUGGACAGAACUGCCCAAGUCGCACUACCUCCUCCUGGAAAACGCCAAUUUUACAUUUUUCGACAAGAUGAAAUUGUUUGGAGACAUUUUCGUCAACCGGGAGGGUGCAAAGUGA